AUGUCCGUGAACAGCCGGGUCUGCGACCGAUGCAUCCGCAAAAAAGUCAAAUGUGAAGAGCACAUUUACCAUUGCGCACGUGGUCAUCUUACUUACCGCUUCGCGCAGGUGAUUUGCAGCGUCCACACUGCUCUCGCUGCUCUGAAGCAGGCUUCUCAUGCUCGUAUUCGACCGAAAGGAGAAGGCCUGGUCCACCACGCGGGACUCGACAAUGGUUCAUCGGGCUCGGGCUCAAUGCCUACGCAGUCGCCGCCUGGAGAUCCCAUGCUAGACCGAAAUUUGGCCUCCGGGGGAACACAUCAACAGGCGCUCCAAGACUUCACUGAACUCAGCGUGGAGUUCUCGCCUUAUGGAUCUAUGACUGCGCCAUCAGACGGCCAAUUCGGGCACACAGGAUACUAUCUGGAGCCAGGUCAGGAAAGGGAUAUUCUCGUGCACUUCUUUGAUGAAGUCCAUGCUGCCAUACCGCUGUUCCAUGAAUCAAGUUUCAUAAGGCUGUACGAUAAUGGCUUGGCUUGUCGUGAUCUAAUAGUCACGAUAGUUACUGUCACUGCCAAGAUACUGGGUCCAAUCAACUACUGGAAGACAGAAGACGUGCAUCUGUGCAUGGGUGCCCUACUGAAAGCAACAGCUUCUGAGAACGACUCGUCGAGUACUCAGGCGACUCUAGAUCGAUUCAGACAAGAGUGCCUCCUUGCUUAUUAUGAAUUCCACCAGUUCCCAGGACCACCAUCUUGGAUGAGAGUAAGCAGGCUGACACGCAAGGCUUAUGCCGUGGGUCUGCACCAAGUCGAGAAUCCAGAACUAUGCUCCGCUUUCGACGCUGCGCUCACGGAUCAGGAUGAGAUUGAGGACUGGAGAUAUGUGUGGUGGUGCGUCUUUUGCCUAGACUCCUACUCGAACAUAAGCUCUGGUGCUCCCUUCAUCGUGGAAUUGGAAAGCAUCAACACAGCUCUGGUCAGAAGACCCAAUUGCAAUGACACUGCAGCCCUGGCCUCUACGCCGAAAGUGCUUUUACCAGAGGAGGUCGACCACCUCUGGAAGACCACGCAGGAUGUUGUAUCGGGUGGCUGUAUGAACGACUUCAAUAUCCACAUGAUCACGACAACCAUCUUACGCCAGGCUGGGAAUCUUCUGAGACUCAGAAGUGAAGGGAAGCGAUUACCGACCCGAAACGCUGCUCUGAAGGGUACUCUGGCCACCUUGCGACUUGCUUUACCCCCACGCUACCUCAAUCCUGCACGUAACGUGUUGAGGGCGGAGAGAAGUGCCGAUCACCAUACUCGACUCACCAAUAUCUUGCACCUACAGAUGGUUCGCCUUAUCACUUCCAUGCCUCAAGGCUUAGAAGCCAACGAGGCUGAAUGGAUGGACAACUGGCAGCAGACCCUGGAGACUUGUCAGGAUAUCGUCUCAGUCGUCGAGCACUGGAACAGUCAGUUUUCUCCACGUGUGGAUCCGGCAAUAUGCUUCAUCACGUUCUCAGCUCUCCGCCUGCUAAACGGUCACCGACGCUGCAUCACAGACCCGAAUUCGCCGCUGCUGGCCAGCCUUAGUCAGGGCGAGAACGUGCUCUUGCUUUUCAUAGAGCAGUUCUCGAGUAUGUGGGCUGCGCCGAAGGUCCUGAUCCAACAAUUUCGGGAUGCGCCAACUAGUACUCCGUUGACAUAUGCCGAUAUCGAUCGUCUACUCAGCAAUUUCAAAUCACCCCUACACCCGAAAAGCCUCCAGCCUUCUGCGCUGUCACUGAACAGCGCGGAAAUCUACGAGAGUCUGGACUCAACAAUGAACUUCGCCGACGUCUGGUCUUUCAACCCUUUCGACUCGGGCGUGUAA